AUUCCAUGCACUGAGACAUUUUCCCUCUAAUCCACAUCUCUAACAAGAUAAGCCCCAUCUCUCUCUCUCUCUCUAGAUCUGCGACAUAUAUAUAAGCACUAUAUAUAGAAAAUGGGGAAAUCAAAGUGUUGCGAGGAAGAAGACGUGAAGAAAGGGCCAUGGACUCCUGAGGAAGACGAGAAGCUCGUCGAGUACAUUCAAAAGCACGGUCCAUGCAAAUGGCGCACCCUCCCCAAGCUCGCCGGGUUGAAACGAUGCGGGAAGAGUUGCAGACUUCGAUGGACGAACUAUCUAAGACCCGACAUCAAGAGAGGUGAGUUCUCUCCUCAAGAAGAAGACAUCAUCAUUCAGUUGCACCGUGUUCUUGGAAACAAGUGGUCCGCCAUCGCUACACAUUUGCCGGGAAGAACCGACAACGAGAUUAAAAACUAUUGGAACACGCAUAUAAAGAAGAAACUUGUACGGAUGGGGAUCGAUCCCGUCACUCACUGUCCUAAGAUCAAUCUCCUCCAACUCUCUUCGAUUCUCAACUCGUCUCUCUUGUUCAAAACGCCUUUGCAACAAGACAGCGUUCCGAUCAACCCGUUACUCGACCCGACCUCCUCCAAUUCCGCGUAUCUUAACCCCGGAUUCUUGAACCAGCUUGCAGCCACUCUCUUAACCGAUCUAAGCAAAAACCCUCCUCCGUACAACGACCAAACCGGUUCUUACCAGCUCCAAACCGAUCUAAACCAUCAGUUAGCGAUCAGUAACCAGCUUAGUCUUGAUCAUCAAACCGGUUUGCUCAACUCCGUACCGGCUCAGUUGCAGACAAUCGGAGAGCACGCAAACGAGUACUCGGUUCAAGCCGGUUUGGAUAAUCAGAGUAUGAGCCAUGUUCCUUUAACGACCGGUUGGAAUCUCGGUUCGAUCUUAUCCGCAACGCCGUCGAGCAGCUCGACGCCGUUGAAUUCGUCAUCGGCGGCUUAUAUGAACGGCAGAAGCGAAGACGACAGAGAGAGCUAUGGCAAUGACAUGUUGAUGUUUGAUCAUUAUCAUCAUCAUCAUCAUCAUCAUAAUAAUCCUCAUGAUUCCUGAAAUCUAUCAUGAUUAUGUAUAUAUGUAUGUAUGCGCUCAUUUUUUUUCUUUUUUUUUUUGGUUUGUAAGUUUUUACAUUUUGCAUUUUAGGCGUUAUUAAUUUAUUUGAGCUUUCCCCCCCUUCUUAUCUUGUAUUUGGUUUGUAUCAAAAAUUAUUAA